CUGCACGUCAUAUUUAGUUAUCUCGAUUCAUGCCUAACUCCUAACCCUACCCCUUACCUCUUUACUGGUUUCUUUCUUACGGCUUGACCAGGCUUUUUCUUCUUUAUUCUACAACGGCGAUGAUCGGCUGAAGGGAAAAAGCUUCCCGCUCCUUCUUUGUUCUACAACCAGCGACAAUCGGCUGAAGGAAAAAAGAUUUUGUUUUCUAAUCGGCGAUGCAUAGAAGUAGGCUCCUGCAAUCUCUCUUCUUCGCUACGAAACUAAAGAGAAAGGGUGCUUCCUUUACUUCCAGAUCAUCCAAUAUAGGAGUUUUUAUAUGCUUAAAGUGUCGUGAUGUACACAGAAGUCUACGCACACAUAUACCAAAGGAUGUUGAUGCUGUAAAUACAGAAGCUUUUAGAAACAGUAAAAAUGAAGUGUUAAAUUAGCAGUACAAGGUCUGUUAUGCUAGAUACUCCGUAAUAGAUUUGAAAAGAAAGUUUUUGAAGCUGCACUGCGUUAUUAGGACAUUUCUCAAAUUGAGAUCGAGAGAAGCAACAAAUAGGAGAUGAGAAGUUUUAACAAUUCCAUCUGAUCAUUGUAUUGUCCUGGAGCUCUCAUUUGCGGCUUUGCUUCUAUUGAGUGAGAUCAAAGAGGAAGAGAAAAGAUGAAGGAGUGGCAGAUAUGUUUCCAAUUAAAUCAGAAAUGGGAGAAGAUGAGCGUGAAAUUUCUGGGGAAAAAAAGAAACACAGAUGAAGUGAGGAGAUGAAUUACUUGGGAAUUGCCGAAGAAGAAGAAGAUGCAGAUGCAGAUGCAGGGAUAAAGGUUACGAGAAGGAGAGAGCCAAGGGCUUUAUCGACAUUACAGAAACGACGACAACUCAAAAUAGGAGCGGAUGACUCCUAUAAUGGGAAAAAACAUGAAAGCAGAGAAUCAGGAACACGGCUACAAGAAGAAGAUGAAGAAGAAUUAGAAGAAGAGGAGGAAGAAAAGGAAGAAGAGUACCUGGGAGAGCAGAGAGCAGAUGACUACGAUGAUUGCGGAUAAAGCCGUUGACGAUGGAGAUCGAAUCUGCGAUCGGCCAAAGGGAAAGUCGCAGGGGAGAAGUCUGGCGGUUGAUGGAGAGUGGAUUGAUUAUUUUUAGAAGAAGGGUAAUAAGGUAAUCUGGAGUCCUAUUUGUGAAAUAUAAAACUUGUAGUCCUACUUUGGAGUUUUAACCAUGUUUUAGUCCUAUUUAGGAAAAAAAAUUAAUAUAUAAUUGGUCAUGAACUUGGUUGACCAUUAAGUUCAAAGAUGAUAAAGUUUUGAGUGUGUGUGUGUUAGGGAGGGGAUAUUAUAUACUCACUCCGUCCCCUUUUAAAUGUCCCAUUUUACCAUAUUGAGAUGUCCCUAUUUAAUUGUCUCAUACCUUAUUUGGUAAAGUUUGUGUGGCUCAAAAUCAUUCUUACUUUAUUCUUACUUUAUUUUUACUUUAUCUAUUAAUAACAACCACACUAACCUACAUUUCUUAAAACUCGUGCCACCCUCUUCCGGGACAUUUAAAAGGGGACGGAGGGAGUAAUAUGUAGUACAAAAUAUAUUGAUGUUUUUACUUGGAUUGAAAUUUUCGGCCUAACCUUGUCCGGUCUGAACCGGUCUGAACACGUUGAUGAAGUUUGAAACCGUAACCUAACCCUAACCUAUUCGUACGAAGACUCAAAAGACAAAACACGAUGAAGUUCCAACCCUAAAGAGGAAAAGUAACUGAGGUGUUGAAGUGGUAAUCUAAAGAGGGAGACUGAAAAAAGUGAUGAAAGUCAAGGACAAGAUAAUCCUACUGCUGAAGUAGAGAGUGAGAGUGGUGGCAGUGUGCCCUUCAUUGUUGAUUUGGGAUUUGAAGAUCCACUUCUUGAGGCAGAAGCUGGGCUAUUGUUUGAAGAUGAAUUCAACUCUGAAAAUGAAGACGAUGAGGAAUUACAACAUGUCCGUGUACUGCGAAGGAAGUUGGUGACUAAUCAAAAGGGUAUUGGUAAAAGUAAAGGGCACAAAUAUACUGACAACAACAACAUACAUGAAGAAGACUUAGCUGUGGAGGAUGAUGGGAAUGAAAGUGAGUAUUUCACCUCAACUGAUGAAGGCAGUUACAAGUCUGAAGAAGAAGAAGAAGAAGAAGAAGAAGAAGAAGAAGAGGCUGUUAGAAGGAAAAUCAAGUUUCCAAGUUUCAAAACAGAUGACAAAGUUGUGUUCUCAUUGGGAAUGAGCUUUGAAUGCAAAUCUCAAGUGAAGGAUGCAAUAGAUAAAUAUUCUGUGACUAACAGGUAUCCUUACUACUGGGCUAAAAACUGUGCUACCAUGCUUAGGGCCAAGUGUUCAAAUUUAAAUAAAACAUGCACAUGGAUGGUUUACAUUGGGAUAGAUAAUAGAAGUAGUAGUAAGAAAUGGGUUGUAAAGACUUUGAAUACUGAGCACAGCUGCAAUCCAGGGUGGCAAAUACAUAGUCUAACAGCAAAAUGGUUACUCAAAAAAAAUUUCAAAACAAAACCUGGAGUUUCUGAGAUGAAAGUAGCAUCAAUGAAAGAGAUGGUAAAGAAAGAACUAAACUGUGAGGUGUCUCUUGAGAAAAUGAAGAAGGCCAAGUCUAUUCUCGGAAAGAUGGAAAAGGGGGACAUUAAGGAAGAGUACAUCAACUUAGAGGAUUAUAAGGCUGAAAUAAUGAGGUCCAAUUCAGGGAAUACCUGCAUACUUCAGGUCAUGCAGCCCAAUCCAAUUUUUGAAAGGUUUUAUGUCUGCUUUGAGGCUUGCAAGAAGGGGUUCUUAGGGGGGUGUAGGAGGCUAAUUGAAAUUGAUGCAGCAUUUCUAAAGUCUGAAGUACAGGGUGAAAUCCUCACAGCAGUCGCACGGGAUGCAAACAAUCAGAUGUUUCCUAUUACUUGGGCAGUUGUGGGUUCUGAGACUAAAGCUACAUGAAAAUGGUUUUUGGAGAACCUCAUAGAUGAUUUAAAUACUGGGACAGGAGAAGGCUGGACAUUUGUAUCCGAUCAACAAAAGGGAUUGAUGCCAGCAUUAUAUGAUACAUUACCCAAUGUUGAACAUAGAAGAUGUGCUAGACACAUAUAUGCUUUCUGGAGAAGAUCACAUCCUGGGAUUGAGUUACAAAGGCAAUUUUGGAAGUGUUGUAAAUCUACAUCAAAGAGAGAGUUUGAGAUGAAUCUAGAGGUACUGAGAUCUCUAUCUCCCAAUGGAUAUGAAGAGAUUUUGAAAAUAGAUCCAGAGUUUUGGUGUAGGGCUUUCUUUAAUAGGUCUAUCAAAUGUGAAACUGUGGACAAUAACUUGUGUGAAGCUUUUAAUGGAGUGAUAGUGCCUGCUAGGUCUCAGUUAGGGUUUUCUCAAUUGGAAUUUAUUAGAAAGUUGGUCAUGCAAAGGCUUAUCAAGAAUAGGAAUUCAAGGGACAAAUGGAUUGGUCAACUAGGUCCUAGAAUUAGGAGAAGGAUCAACAAAAUAGUUUGAGCAAGCAAUUAUUGGACGGUACUCUUUAAUGGUUCUGAUGGCUAUGAAGUUUCAUGUGGAUCUGAUACCUAUCUCGUUGACUUGGAGGGUAGGAGUUGUUUGUGUGAGCAGUGGGAUGUAUCUGGGAUACCUUGCAAACAUGCAAUUUGUGCAAUUAGGAACAAAGGUCAUCCAAUUGAGGAUUAUGUUUCCCAGUGGUAUAAGAAAGAUAUGUAUCGCCAUACAUAUGCUCACAUGAUGACACCCAUAGUCGGUCCUCUAUUUUGGCCUAAAACAAACUUCACAAUGUUGUCAGCAGAAUUGAAAACUAAAGAACUAGGCCGGUCAAGAAAAAACAGAAUUAAAGAGAUAGGUGAGUACCCUAGGACUGGUAAGUUACCCAAGAGAGGCACAAGUAUCACAUGUCAGCUAUGUUUUGCAAAAGGCCAUAACAAAAAGGGUUGUCCAUCAAAAGAGGUAAUUUUAAAUGGGACAACAACAUUUCCAGUUGAUUUAGAAGGUAGUACUUCAACUCAAACAAACAGAUCAUGUGGACACUGCUCCCAAGAAGGACACACACAAAAUAAGUGCCCUUUGAAGACCAACUCUAAUCAGGUAACCAACAUUGAAUCUGGCACUCCUAUUGAUCCUAUGGAGCCAAUAACUGUUUGAGAGUAGAUUGAAGUCAUAUUUCAUUGAGAAUCAACAAGUGGAGAGAAAUAGUGAAGGUGUAUUUCAAAGUAGGGGAAACAACUCCAUUGCUGCAGCUGGUUUGGAGAGACUAAGGGCUAGGAAAGGAAAGGAGGUUCAAGCCAAUGCAAGAAAAUCCAGGAAAAGAUCCAAUGAGCAAAUUGAAGUGACUGGAGAUGCUUCAACUGCGAGGCAGAGAUUCCAUGAACUAUAUGACUCUAUGGAACCUCCUAAUGAAGAGUAGUUUAGUUUAUCAUUGUAGUAACCUAGUGGACUGUUCCGAUGUUCUGCAAUUGUAAUUAUCAAGCUUGUUUUGGUUAUGAAUUUAUGAUGCUGUUGUACAAGGCUUUUUGUCAUGGAAAAUUGUGAUGGUGUACAGGGGUGUUGAUGUUUUCGAUUUAGGAUAUAUUGUGAUCUUGUUAUAUGUACAAGGAUUAUGUUUUACAAGUGUUUUGUGAAGGAUAUACUCUGAGCUUGUAUAAGGCUGCUUUGGUUAU